ACCCGCCAUAGAUCCAUUUUCGUCAUCGUUGGAGACAAGUCCCGCGACCAGAUUGUGAACCUGCACUCCAUGUUAUGUUCGAGAUCCGCGAGAUGAGUACCAGCCUGUUCCCGUUGGUGUCGAGUAUUAACAGCGCCGUCGUCCCGAAUCUUGCGGCGAUGGCUGCCGCACUGUUCCCUCGGCUGGACGCUGUUUCUUUGUGUAUUUCUUGAACAUUCAAGACUUCGUUUGAUAACAGCGUUUUCGAUUAGCGUUAGCGUUUUGGAUAAAAUUUUAAUGGUGUAGAUUAAAUCUAAAAACGCUAACGCUAAAGGACGGAUUUAGCACUGAGUAUUUGCCUAUAGAACACUCUCCUGCCGGCGUUGCAGCGGCACCUGCCACAGCUAUUCUUUGAAGAUUCAAGAUUUCUCAUCCUUUUCAAUCAAGAAGUGCGAAAUUUCAAGGUGAUCUCGUAAUGGAAAACACUUCGGAGGAACCUAUCUCUGCAACAGUACACUGCCGUGAAAGACUUCAUCAGCUGAAAAAUGUAGGCUCACUAGACUUUGGUGAUUGGAAGAAGCUGAUCGCAGAAAUCGAGAAAAUUCACCUUUUUGUUGAUCUUUGUGGAACAGUCUAUGAUGUCAGAAAGGCAUGGAAUCUUCACAUCAGAUUGUUUCCCCAGUUCAUAAGGCAACCGGAGCAGGAGAUGUUACCUUUGCGUCCAUCAAUAGAUAAUAAACAGCCUAGCAGUGUUUCUGUGGAGCAAAUCUCAACACUGAAUGAUGAUGAUCAACCAUCCCGGAGGGUUCCUGCUGACCUCGAAGAUGAAUCUAAAACUGAUGCAUCUAAACAAUCAAAAUUAACUGAUGAUUUUGAUCAAAUGGAGUGGGCAGCUAACUCUAUUGGUCAAUCCAAAGUGGAUACAUCUAGAUCACUUGAGCAAUUACAAGAGUUUGAACAGCCAUCAGGACCAAAUAUGCCAACAGAAACACCCCAGGUAGAAGACAGGUCAAUAAAUGCUAAUUGUCCAAAGGAACUUGAGCUUGAACAUCAUAUGGAGUCAGUUUCUUUGGAGGAACAUUGUAAUGGUGGCUGUGAUCAUUCUGUUGCAAUCCCAGACAAAGUUGCAGAUUUUAUUCAACCUCAGAAUGUGACGGAUGGAAAUAAACACAUGGCAGGACCUUCUAGUAGUAGUGGAGGUUCAGAUACCAUCCAUAAUUCUGAACAACUUGAUCAACAGCUGCGCCCACAACAAGAAGACUUUACUGUUGAAACCCGUCCAUUAAAUACAGAAAAUAGUCAAGGUGGUCCUAUUAUAUCACAAAUGUUUCCUUCACCUCUUUCUUGCACCCAAGUAAAUACGGCAGAAUGCCCAGUGCAAACUAACCAGCAGGUUUGGCCCACACACCAUGAUCAAGCAGCAUAUUAUCAGAUGUGGCAAUACCAUUAUCAGCAACAAUAUCAGCAGUUUCUGCAAAUGCAGCAGUCCUACCCGCAUCCACAACUGCAACAACAAUAUCUACAGCAAACCUAUCAGCAUCAACACCUUCAGCAACAGAUACCAUAUCUACAGCAAACGGCACAAACUUUUCCGCAGCAAUAUCCGCAGAUGGUGCAGCCAAUGCAGCCGUACCUGCAAGUACAUGAUCAGCAACUGCAGUCGUAUAACCAGUCUCCAGCACUUGCCUACCAAUACCAAAUGGAUCUACAAACAUAUCAACAACACAUGCAGCUAUAUCAACAAAAUCAACAAACAUCACACACUGUGCAGCAAGAACAAGGAGGGUAUCCCCAUGGUCAGCUACAUCAAGAACAGGAGCUGAUCGAUCAGGGCCAACAGGUUACACAACAUAAUAACACACCUCAUGAAUCUCAAUCUGAACAAGUUUCGGCACAGUCAAAGAUUACGGAUACAUCUACACAUGGUGCUUAGCAUAAUAGCAUGUAACUCAUGGAAUCUUAGUGCAGUUCAGGAACAUGUGUUCUUGCUCCUUAAUACAGAUCGAAAACACUCUUCCUGAGAUCUAUGAGCCAGAUGUAUAAUGGAGAACAAAUCUUAGUCUGCUCUUAUGACUGAUCAAAGCACUUGGGAGAAGGUUGGUAUAGACUUGUUGUAAAUGUAAAUGAAAUGGAAUUUGCCGUUUAGUAUAGUGUAUUUUUGUGAUCACUGCUUUAAAAAAAUGCCUCCUUUUGGUUAUGAUAUCUAUUUAAUUGUAUUUGCUUCAAAGUAGAAUAACUUUGUUUAGGGGAUUGGUUUUUAUUUAUAAUUGAUGCCCUUUCCUAAAUUUGAUGAUACAAGUUGUAUAUUUUAGUAUAGCUUGAGUCGCACAAUUCAGAUCCUUCUGAUAAUUAAUUACAUGGUAUUUU